AUGUCUUCACUUAUACUUAGUCACAAAGAACGUGCUGAAGGGCCGUGGGUUAAACUACAAUCAGAACCAUCUAAGGCAACUGAAGUUUUUGUUCUUGACCAACAAGAUAAUUUCGAUGACCUUGGCGAAAUAUAUGGGUUGGUCUUUCUUUUUAAGAUGAUAGGUGAUGUAUCAGGUGAUGUAAAAGGUUUGCAUAGAGAUGUCAAGUACGAACCUAUUGAAGAACUUCCAAAGAAUGUAUAUUUUGCAAAUCAAGUUGUUGAAAACUCCUGCGCAACGUUAGCAGUGUUGAAUAUUGUGUUGAAUUGUCCACGACUGGAAAUUGGUCAAGAAUUAAAAGAAUUUAAAGAGUUCACAUGGGGGCUUCCACCAGCUGCGAUGGAUUCUGUAAUUAACUCAUAUAAUUUAAUAAGACAUCCUGAAGAAGCAUUGGUCGUUGAAGAAGCAGCGACCAAGAAAAAAGGAAGAGGGAAGAAAAUAGUAGUUGAUGAAGCCGUCGGUGAAGCCUAUCAUUAUAUUGCCUACGUUCCUGUGGAUGGGGAAGCAUGGCAAUUAGAUGGUUUAUACCCACAUCCCGUUAGCUUAGGAAAAUAUUCGGAUGAGAAAACAUGGUAUGAUGCUACUCGUGGUGAAAUAAAUGAACGUAUUAAUGGGUUUUUUAUAGAAGAAAUUGAAUAUGUUCUUCUAGCUAUAACUAAAGACGAAUUAGGUAUUCAUCAAGAUAGAAUUAAUACAACUCAAUAUUUGCUUGAAGAAAUUGACAUGGAAAAAAAGCGGAAAGAAGUUGAAAAAGAACGACGAACAUUCGACUAUGGUCCAUUUUUUCGUGAGUUCAUUUCAAUUCUCCACGAGCGAGGCGAAUUAAAAAGUUUACUUGAUGCAGCAGAGGAUAUGGACGAGAGAGAUGAAUACGUAUAA